GGUAAGAAUGGCCACUGAGCACGAAAUUGUUGGCAGGCCGUGAAUAGACAAAGACCAGAGGAGGAGAAUAAUGAAAUGAGGGAAAUCCUUCUUUGGAUUGGUAGGAGGGAGAAAGAGGAGGAGGAGAGGAAGAAGCGUGAGAUUGAUGAGGCGAAACGUAAGGAAGAAGAAGAACGACGGGAGGGCGAAAAACUUAGGGAGGAACAGGCGAGAGAAGCGAAACUAGAAGCAACCAUCGUUAGGAUCCUUAUGCAGCAUGAAGCAUCAAUGAUGAAAACUCCUGCAUCGCAGGCAGGGAAUGGAAUCAAGAAGAGAUCACCGCAUUCCAAGGCACGGAUGCUGCGAGAUAUCACAAGCUACAUCGCUGAAUCAGAGGACGAUAGUGAGGAAGUGAAGGAGGAGGCUGAGAAGUUGAUCGAAGCGUUAGAAAGCCGGAGGAAACCUAAGCAGGGUGCUGCGAUCAUACGUACGGCUGUCAGUCGGGUGAAGAAGGUACCUACGCCGAGGAGGGACAAGGCUCGUGAGGACAAUCGUGUGUCGAAUGGUGAGGUUUUCGAGACUCCGAGGAAGGCUUGUCCUGCGGAGUGCUCGAGUGAAGGGCUGGUGGACUUUGCCCUAUCUCAAACAAAGGUGUUGAGCGCUGUGAGAGCGGGGGACAUCCAGAAGAUCUGUGACAAGGAGGGGAUUGCGUACGUUAAGAAGGACAUCUCCAUUCAAGAGAUUGUGAGGUGUCGGACGAGACUCGCGUAUGAAGGCUUUUUCGAGCUGAAGAGUCAGACGCCGGAUUCGAAGACUCCUGCUAGGGGGCUUGAGACUCCCUAAUGGCUUACCAAAUUUCGACUCGCGCCGCCGCUAUCAAGUUCAGGGAGUUGACUGCAAGGAGGAGGGAUAGGGAGGUGCGGAAGAUACGACCACUGAUGAACAGAGAUGACGAAAAUGAGUUGGCGCUGCUUCUAAUACUCAUGACGGUGAGGGGGUACGUUCCAUGGAUUAAAAAGCUGUUAAAAUUCGUCGAGCCGGAAGAUAUUGAUGUUAAUCGAUCCGGAGUGUAUGCCAUAGUUAGUCCUUACUGUAGGCGAUUCUAUAUUGGUUGUACGUUGAGGAUAAUAGUAACUAGGUGGGCAGAACACGUCAGAUGUUUGGUGAGCGGUAACAUUGGGAAUGCUCCGAAACUU